AUGUUAAAAUUAAAUUAUAUAUCUGAAGAGAUAUAUAUUUGUGAUUGUUUAGAUAAAAUUGAAAAGAUUUUGGAAUUCGAUAACAUUGGAUAAUAUAGUAUAAACCCAAAAAACAAUUCAAUAACAUAUUAUAUAAAUCAUGAAAAAUGUAUAAGAUUGAGAGAUUUAUUAUUUUGGAUUGUAAGUUAUUUCUCAUAUGGAAAAUAUAGGAUUAAGACUUUGUCCGUAUUCAUUUAGGGUAGAUUCUAAUCUUAAGCCUUAAAUUAUUAGAAAAAGUUCAACUUUUAGAAUCUUAAAAUAUCCUUCAUUAUUUUCUUGAUUAAAAUAGAAUAUGGCUUGAAUUAGAACCGAGUAGUCAAUACCCAAGCAUCAUAUAUCAAUUUUUAAAUUAUUCAAUACAUUUCACAGGAUAUCGAUGUUAAUUUAUGAAACAAAAGACUGUAGAAUUGAAGCAUCUAGAAAAAUAAAAGAUAUUGUUAUUUCCAUCUUAGAAAGUACUUUUGAUAAGAUUCAUUUAAAUAAAUAAGUAACUCCUUUAGAAAAAAAAAAUAUUAAAAAGCAAAUAUUAGAACCAAUUAUUGAUAAAUGCAAUCCAAAUAUAAAAAUUUAGGAUAUUAUUAAUAUAAUCAAAAUUAAGUUACAGGAAUAUUAAUAUAAAGAUGAUCAAUCGAGUAAGUUUGUUUAAUCUUUAGAUAUUGAUGAUAAUAAAAAUGAUUAUAUUGACUCAGAGAGAUAUAAAUUAAUUGAAAAAGUUAAUAUAUAAAUUAAUAAAAUUGUUGAACAAAAGAAAAACUAUCAAUAAAUUUUUAUUGAUUUCUUUUUAUAAUAAUACAUAUAGUUAAUCAGUAAAAAUUUGAAAUCUUGCCUGUAAAUAAAUUUAGAUUUUGAUAAGAAAGCUUAAGAAUUAUAAGAUUUUUUAACCAAAAAUAAGUCAGAUUUAAAAGAAAAUAUUAAAGAUUAUGUCCACUCUUUAAUUGAGAAUUACUUAAAAAAGUACGAAAAGUAUUUUAAAUUUUCAAUAUCAGAAUCUGAAUUUAAAUCUCUAGAAAAGGAAGUCAUUAAUUCAAUAAUGUAAUCUUAAACUAUGAAAUACUAUAAUAAUACUUAUUGGUUUUAUAGUAAUAAUAUUGAGAUAUGUAAAUUUAUGAUUUAAGCUGUAAAAAAGAUUUUAGAUUAAGAAGUUAGAGAUUAAAUAGAAUUAUUUUAUAUGUAUAAAAUACUUAUGUUAAUUGAUGAUCUGAUAUGA